AUGUCCGGUGUUGUUACCGUUCCAUCCGUAAGCACUGGCCAGGCUUUUGCACUUGAGUUCCUCAUGACUUUCAAUCUCAUGUUUGUCAUCACCGCCGUUGCCACCGACACUCGUGCUGUAAUGGCAAUUGGAGCUACGGUUAUGCUAGGCAUUCUUGUUGCAGAUCAAUCAAUUGAAAUUGAGAAAAGUGCAGAUUAG